UCCAGUAACUGAGAAGCUUGCGGGUGGGUCUGGGGGUGGUUGGGAGAUGUUUCCAUGAGGACAUUGCUGAAACACAGGCUGGGAUCAGACCUUGCUCAUGGUCCCGUAGGUCUCCUGGAUGGUUCUGCUGGCACUGCUACUUGGAAACGAGGUGCCCGAGUCUCUUCCUGCUGCACCGUGAAGAGCCCACUCACAACUCUCGGCUGCCCUGCCAGGAGCUCGCCAUGCUGACAGAAGACAUGAAGCUCUGGCACGGCUUAGUGAUCGCGGUCGUGUCCCUUGUCCUACAGGCCUGCCUCCUCACAGCCAUCAACUACCUGCUCAGCAGGCACAUGGCCAAAGAGAAUGAACAGUUACUAAAAAGAGCAAAGCUCCAGGCCCCACGGCCCCGACCUGCCCACCACCACUCACCUGCUGCCCAGAAGAACGAGACUCGGGGAGAGAGAAGCACCCCUGUGUCUGAGCCCCAGUACAAGAGUGACAGCGACACAUCCUCAGAGAGCUCCUACACCUCAAACAGAGCCUGCAGCUCGCCUCCCACCUGCCAGGCCACCAAGGAUGUAAAUUAUACACAGGUGGUCUUUUCAGACACCGGAGGACUAGAAACGGAAUCUGCCCUGGACUAUGAGAACGUAAAGGAAGAGACAGAUUAUGUCAAUGUCAAUCCAAAAAGCCACAAGCACAAUUUCUGGACUUUUGUGAACCCUGCUCUCUCUGAGCCAGUGGAGUACUCUCAAGUGGCCAUGUGAAUCCUAGUUUAGCUGUCUGCUGAGCAAUCCUGCCUCGCCCUCAGAACUUUCCGUAGUCAACACAGAGAGCCCACUGGCACCCAGCCUGUGAAUUCACUGCUUCUUAGGAAUGAGAGAUGACAAAGAGCCUGGUAAAUGCCAGCCAGCCUCCCAAUCUGUUAUUACAAGAAAGAUCUUUCCAAAUUUACUCUAAUAAAAUUCUA